AUGUUCAAUUUGCCGACAACCCAAAUGCAACUCCUGACAGCAAUAUCACAGUUAACACAAGACCUUAUAAGAUUUUCGGAAUAUAUAGAAAUGGUACCGCCCCACUCGCUUCCAUGUGGUCCAAAUUGCAGAAGAGGGUUUUGCCCACCGCAUUGCUACUAUAGCGGACAACCACCACUACCACCACACGAGCAGAUAUAUCAUCCACCCCCCUACAGCAUCCCACCAGAGGUAAACCCGCCACAGUUCGGCGCACCAACGUAUCCACCUCAAUAUCCGCCUACACAUCCACCAAGUUACCCACCGCAAUAUCCCCCACUAAAUAAUCCACCAUAUCCUUCAGAGCCAAAUCCCCCAUAUCCACCUUAUCCUCCGCAACCAAACCACCCUUAUGGCUUUAGGCGAUAA